UGACUUGAGCUGAUCUGUUCACGGUAUCCAUGGGUGAACCUUCAAGCACCAUUGAGAAUUUGGUGUUGGCCUGUGACAUUCCACUUGCGUCUGUGGCACCGUGAAACUCGCCUGGACAGGAUUCUGGCGAGUUGGAAGUUGGCCGAUCCCUUACUUGGCCUGGAGCUGUGAAGGCGCAGCAGCCACAUGCAUGUCACCUGUGUGACUGACAGCAGAGUUGAUGGUGCCUCGGCCGGCAUCGGCGAAUGCACGGCGAAGCAUUUCGCCUCACUCGGCUGCUGGCUCUCCCUGACUGGGCGGAACAAGGCUAAUCUCGAGAGAGUGGCCGAAGCUUGCUGCGCACAGGGGCUUCCUCAGGAUAAGGUGCUUGUGGUACCCGGUGACGUAACGGUGGAAAAGGAUGUCGCAGAUGUGGUGGAGAAGACAGCGAAACACUUCGGCAAGAUUGAUAUUCUCGUGAACAAUGCUGGAAUUUUCGCGACAGGAUCUGUUCAAAGUGCCUCAGUGGAAGACUUUAAUAGAUUGUGGGAGACAAACUUCCUCGGUCCGCUCUGCAUGAUCAAAAACGCUGUGCCCUACUUGCGUCAAACUAAAGGUAGCAUCGUGAACGUUUCUACUGCCGUAUCGUUGACUGCGGUUCAGGCCGCCGUGCCUUACGCUGUCGUCAAAGCAGCCCUGGACCACCUGACACGAUGCGCUGCACUAGAGAAUGCACCGUAUGGUCUACGCGUGAACACAGUCAACCCUGGUCGUAUCAUGACGAUGAUUAUAAAGGGAUCUGCGAGCAACGUAGAGGAACAAAAGAAGAUGAUCGAGAAAAUGGGCGGCCCGCUGCAUGCGCUGGGACGAGUGGGUACACCGGAAGAAGUGGCCCACUGCAUCGCCUUCCUGUCAUCCGAUGACGCCGCGUUCGUCACGGGGAUCACCAUGCCCGUCGAUGGGGGCAUGCUUCUUCUAUCCAGCGUCUCGGCUCCCGCGCCAUCGCAGGAUACCCAGAAGACUGCGUGAGGAGCAAUGAACGUGGCCUUUGCGAAGUGCCAGGGUAUACUGAAAGAAGAGAGGAAAUAGUGGCAGCCUCUUUUUCUAAAGAAGCCCUCGGUCUUGCAGUAGACCCGAUUUUUUUUUUAACUCGCGCUCUUCGAAGGUGUACUUUCGCUCUGUUUGGCCCUCAGAAGACCAAACAGGGACGAAUACAGUGCUCUGGUGGGCAGGUAAAUAUUGGACAUUUUAUUAUUGGAAGCCGAAUCGCCUACAAACCUGAUUUGUCAUUGUGCAGGAAGCACGUAGAACGUGUAACCUCGGUAGGGCACUUUACG